AUGGAGAAGAAGGUAACGAUUGAUUUCAAGGGGCUCCCUGCAAAGGAUGACCCCGAGUUUCUUGAAUGGAUCGAGACCUUGCCGAGUGGCCUCGCAGCUCCCUUCAAACCUGCUACUCUGGAGACGGAAAACCGGCGGCGAGAACGCCAGAAAACGACGAGACGCCAUGCGCCCUAUGUCUCCUUUGGUGACCGCGGCACAACGUCAAGCGCGGGUCUCUACGGCUCGCUGCUGCGGAUUUGUCGCCCUGUCCGGGGCAAGCAUGGCAGCAGCCAUCGUCUCCGGUCGGGCCUGGUGGGGGUAGGUCCAGAGGAUGACCCCGGGGCGUGGUAUGUCUAUCAUAGGGCGUCACAGCUGCUGGAAAAUGCACAGGUAGCCACCAAGGGACUGGGCCUGCGGGUCUUGAACGCGUUGUCGUCCGAGUCGCCGACGUUGGAUUUCCUGGGAGACCGCUGGCCGGUCAUCUCCUACUCGACGGUCGAUGGCUUCUCGGUGACCGUCCGGCUGUGGUGUCGGCACAAUGUGGUGGUACAGCAACUGCAGGUCACCAAUGUGACGAACCGGUUCAAGCCUCUCGAAUUGGAACUCGACCCGAGCCUCUGCAUGCUGGACUUGGACUAUCUGGAGAGGAAGGACAGGUUCCGGGUUUGCUACAGAUUUGCACCCCAUGGAUAUGGCAUCGUUGCUCUGGAGGACAGGCCUGAGCUCACCGUCGACCGGGAACGGGUUUGUGUCCUGCUGAGCCUGUUCAAGGACGGGAAAGCACAGAAUCUGCAGCAGGGGUUAUUUUCGGAUUCUCAAGCAGGGAAUUCCAUGAAUCCAAUGGUCAGACCCAUCCUUCUCACUCAUCAAUUUGAAGGGCCCAACACGGUGCAUUACACUACCGCUUUCAAGCUCCAGAUGAGUCCGCUCCGCGCCGACUGGAAACACUUUAUGAUCUCCCUUGAGGAUCUUUACUCGGAUCCGCAGCUCGAAAUAGAAAGGCUUUCAUCCACCGACAAGGAGCUGAAUUGGUACCUCCGUCGCAAUCUCGAGCAUGUUCUGUCUGUAUGCAGUGUUCCGCUGGAAAUACCGGAUCAAGAGGAGGAGGAGAAGAAGGAAGACGAGAAAAAGGAAGACGAACCAAGCCUCCUAGAAGGCGGACCGAUGAUCAUGAUCGAGGCACCCGAUGGCGCACAGCAAUUCCUUCACCGAGGUACAGACAUUCAAAGCCAACUUGGGCCGGUGGCGUUGACAUGUGGAGAUUUUGCCGAUCACCGCAUCAGCAUAUCCGGGAGCUUUUUUGCCUUUAUGUUCAUGUUGGAGAUGUGUGACCUAUUGCCCAGCACAUCGUCAUCUGUCCGCCAUCGCAUCCGGGCUGUGUGUAGGGGCCAUCUCGAGUGGAUCUCGCAGCUUAACGAUGCCGGUAAAGCCCUCUCGUCUAAUCUCGGCGUCAACGGUGGAAGAAUGGACCAGCCGGAUGGGACCGAUCUUCCGCCCAACGUUCCGGAGAACAUGCCGAUUCAUAUUCUCAAGGCCACGCAAUACGUCACGGUGUUUGACAGUCUAGAGGAUCUGCGCUUUGUCUGCAACUGGCUAGGGGACUUUGCGGUCCAAUGGUUCAAGGAGCUCUACACGAGGAAAAACCGACUUACGCCCACCUGGCCGCACUUGAGCGAGUCAGAUAUUCCAGUCUACCGCCUAAGCGACCAGGUCUGGAUCUGGAAGGCAUUGAAGAGUCUUGAAGAGUUGCUCGACCACGUUCAAACUAGGUACACUCGCACGCCCCAUGAUACACUCAAGAAGUUCCUACAGAUCGCCAAUUACCUGCCCCAGCGGGGAAACCUCCGACGGUUCACCCUAGAAAACGACGUGCUCAAGAAACGCAUGCUGAGUGUCACCCGCACCGCCCGCGAGACUCGAUUCCUGUUGCAUUCGCGAGACACGAUUCUUUUGUACGGGUUGGAAUGGGGAUUCUUCGCGGGAGAAGACGCCGUCUGGAAGAACCUGAUCGAUGCUCAGACGCAGCACGACGAGGUCAGCAAUGAUGAGGCCCAAUGGGAUAAUCCCCUUCGCUAUGGUCUGGCGAUUGAAAUGGCCAACAAGGGCUAUAAACUGGCCAAUGGCUUUGAACCAUCCGAGAUGCGCUCCCAUGCUCAGCAGAUUCUUCUCGCCUCAUCUUCGGAGAACGGGCUCUUCCCUGGCCAGUUAGAUGCGUUCAGCAAGGAGCCCACACUCUUCGACCGCGAGCUAUCCCGAGACUUUUAUUUCCAUGUGGGAUUCGAAAUUCCCUGCAUCCUGUUGCGUAACAUGAAAAACCGGCAUAAAGGCUUGGACCCAUCUCCAGGUUCUGGUAUCACGCCGGGAACUCGGCGAGAAGGACGACAAAACCCUUAUAGCAAACUUGUCGAUCUUUCUAAUAUCAUUGAGGUGCCUGAGGAGUGGCUCUAUAAGUACCCCGACUUUCUAGACUUUACCCCCCCACGCGAUGGAAAAACGCUUGCUUCUAUUAAAGGAGAAGCGCCGAGAGCUAUACAGGAAGCAAUGCACACCGAUUUCUUCAGGUUGGCGGUGGGGAUGACCCUAGAGGAGACCCAUCCCUCCGCUGUUGCGCGCAAGUGCUAUGCAAGCAUUGACGACGUCCACAAGGGUCGCAAGCAGCGGAAAUGGUCAAUCGAGCAAAAGUCAACGAUGAAACGGUGCGUCACACAUACCGAGCUGUGGGGAAAGCUACGGGGACGGCGAGAUGCAGAUUCCAGCAAGAAGAGAUUGAUUUACCUGCGAUCGCCGGACUACACAGUUGCCGCCUUGUGCUACCUCGCGUCCCCUGAGCUGGAACGGAUCCCCAUCUCGCAGUUCUUUGAUCGCCAUGCCAAGGUGGAUGCGCACUAUCUGGACGACGAUACGACGGUGGUGCUCAACAGCUGGGAGACCGAGGUGCAUUUCCGGUUCUUCCAGAUCUUCAGGGACAGCAAGGAAGGCACCAAACCCUCUUUUCAAGGUCUACUACCACCACGGGUUCGGCAGCUCAAAUCCCAGCCGUGCAGCAUCUUCGGAAGUAACGCCUACCUUGUCGACGCAGUGAUCAGCUUUCGGAUUGUGGGUGACUUCUUCGACCGCUAUUGGACGUGCCACGUUCUCCAGCAUUUCGCCAGCGUCAAGGAGCUGGAUGAUUUCCCGCCCCUACUUGAGGUUCACAGCAGCAUGAGCAUCAUGCUUGAAUGCAUCGAAAAGGGCCCGCGGUCGAGAACAUCCGACGCGGGAGAAAAGUACUUCUCCCGGGACGGUUUCGAAGACCGGAAACCAGAAGAGCUCCGCGAGUACCUCCAGCUCCUAGUCAUUCUCAAGAACAACAUCACCAGUCUCCAGGGAUUGAUCGAAGGGUGGAGCACGCGCGAGAGCCAGCAGGGACGCGAACGGCCGCGCUGGACCCGUAGCGACGAGCAAAAGUACCGCAAAUCCAUCAAACGUCGGAUGAAUGACUUUGCGGACCACACGCGAGACAUCAAGGCCACGGCGGCCCGGAUCGAGUUCAUGAUCACCCUGGUGAGCAACGCGCAGGACGCGAUCCGCUCCACCAAGUCCCUGAGGGAGGCGGAGAACAUCAAGCUCUUCACCUAUGUGACCGUCUUCUUCCUUCCCGUAGGGCUGGCCAUUAGUCUCUUCAGCAUGAACGGGGCUCCGGACCGCAAGGUGGUUAUCUUCAUGGUUGUCACUGCAGCAGUGGCCCUCCUCAUCACCGCCUGUCCAGGUGCCAGACUUGAGGGCCGUCGGAAACCGCAGGUGGCGGAAGGUCAGGCACUUUAUAGACGAUCCAGAGAAACAAGUGGUGUGAGAGAGUAG